UUUUUCUUUUUCUUUUGGAUUCCACUCAGUAGAAUUCAUGUUAAGGUUUAUAGUCGGAUAAGGAUGGAGCACAUUUGCAUUAGGAUUCCACUCAGUAGAAUUCAGAGGAAGAUUCAGAAGGAAGCAGUAGACCUUGUUUUUAUUCAAUAAGCAAAUCUGUUGGUUUUCUGGACAAAGAACUUGCUGCUAGUGGGUUUACUAGAAAAGAGCAAGAUGAUAUGGACAAGUUCGUCGAAGAAGAAAAGGACCAGGAUAUAUGUUAUGAUGAUGAAGAAGAUAGUGCUGGAAGGGAUGAAACAAUCAUGAGUGAUGUUGACUCUUUGCAUCUGCUGGAUCAGCCAGGGCACAUUGUAGAAGGAAAUGAGGAGGAAAUCAAAGAAAAUAGACAAAGAUGUGAAGGACAACUCAGCAAACCUUGUUGUGAGGGAUACUUCAAUGAGGAUGAAAGUGAAGAGAAUGCGAAUGAUGCUGAGUUGGUAAAGCGCCUGAACAAGCAGAGACGGCGAGCAAUUGCUGCUGUUCAUAGAGGAGGGAAGACCAUUGCUUCUAGAAAUUCUUACAAGGACAAAGGUGGAAGGUCAUCUCACAAUUCCAAAAUUCAAAAACAAUUAAGCUCCCGGUAGUGCACUUGGAAGAAUUCAGCAGCAUGUAGGGGCUGGAGGAAGCCUGAGGAACGAAUGAGGAAAGAGAUGGAAAGAUUUGAUCGUGAAAGAAGGAAGGAAGAAGAAAGGUUGAUGCGUGAACAGCAGAGAGAGGAGGAGAGAUUGCUACGUGAGCAAAGGCGAGAAUCAGAGCGACGGGAGAAGUAUUUACAGAAAA